GGCGGAUCCGGCUGUGCGGGCCGCGCCGCGGCUGCUGGUCCCGGGCGCGCGGAGGGCAGCGGCGCGGGACUCCGGGCCCCGGCGGCGGCCCAUGGGGCGCGAGGCGUGAGGCCCGGCCUGCCCGGGGCUCGGGGGGAGGGGGGAGCGGGGCGGGGAGAUGGAUAAACUGACCAUCAUCUCAGGAUGUCUCUUCCUCGCCGCCGACAUCUUCGCCAUCGCCAGCAUCGCCAACCCCGACUGGAUCAACACCGGGGAGUCCGCGGGAGCGCUCACUGUGGGCCUGGUGCGACAGUGUCAGACAAUCCACGGACGAGACCGGACCUGCAUCCCCCCUCGGCUGCCCCCGGAGUGGGUCACCACCCUGUUUUUCAUCAUCAUGGGGAUCAUUUCACUGACUGUCACGUGUGGGUUGCUGGUGGCUUCCCACUGGCGGAGAGAAGCCACAAAGUAUGCUCGGUGGAUAGCGUUCACUGGAAUGAUCCUUUUCUGUAUGGCUGCCCUAAUAUUUCCAAUAGGAUUUUACAUCAAUGAAGUCGGAGGUCAACCUUAUAAAUUACCCAACAACACAGUAGUUGGGUCAUCAUAUGUACUUUUUGUCUUAUCAAUUUUCUUUACAAUAGUAGGACUUCUGUUUGCUGGCAAAGUUUGUUUACCAGGCUGAUGAAUGUCUAAAUUGCUUGACAUUUUAAUUAUUUUUUAUUUUAUUUAAAUUUUUUUAUUUUUGGAGGGUGGAGAGGACAAAGGCAAGGCAUCCGAGUAGUCCUGGCUCAGAAAGAUGCUGAGAUGAAACUGAUGCUGAAAAGAAAAAGAAAAAAAGCUUUGAUUUGUUCUCACUAUGCACUUUGGAUUUUUUUAAAAAGAGGGCCUUUUCCAUAACCAAAUACAGACGAUACUGACUAACCCCCUGAGCAUAUUUCCAGGCCGCCGGGCCUGCACUGUGGUAGUCGCCUAGCGAGGGAGAAUGCUUUCUGCUGAAAAGCACGUGGCCCUUCGUGACUCUGUGUUCCGUUUUUAACAUCUAAUGAUUCACUUGAGGAAACAAUUCUAAGUAUUUAUGAAACAUGGUGGACCAGAGGGAUGCAAGAGAAGUUCCUGUGGGGCUGGCCUCACCUCCUGAGAAUAGUGUUCACAGCUUCCUGUAGCGUAGGAGCCGGUGGCACCAGAGGGACUGCCAUUGCGUUACUGCACCGAGAAGCCAAUAGAUCAAACCUGUUUGCUAAAAUGUAUGUAAAAUCCUGAAAUUCCCUAUCUCUGUGUACAAAAAAAUAAAACACUAAGAAACAUGUUACUGGGGUGGGUGGGGGAAAUGUUCCUUAUAUUUAUAUAAAUAUAUAUAAUAUAUAUAUUUUGCUGAUGCAGUAUACAGUGUAUAUAUAUAUGUGUGUGUGUGUGUGUGUGUGUGUGUGUGUGUGUGUGUGUGUGUGUGUGUAAAUUUAUACACACACAUGCAAACUGUUCCUGGAAGAGAACUCUGAAUGCUUUGCUAGCAAAACACUGUGGUGUGCAAACCUAGAACUCAAUAGAAAAAGCCAUUUAUCUGAAGGCUGUGUAGUGGAGAGAGUCUUCAGUUUACCUCAUUCUUUGUAUCGGCCCUUGAUUUUAACAGGUGUUUGUAAUAGGUACAGAUAACCCACAUCUUUCUAGGUGCAAAUUUAAGUUACACUACAAUUCUCUGUAGGUUAAGUUAUUUAUAUGUGAUGGUAGAAGGUAAGAUCAUGUCAAACCUCGUAGUCUGGGGAAUUGGACACCAUUUAAAUUAUUGGCAACUGUUGUCUGUUGUGCAGAGGUUCUUUUUCUUCUGAUGUCAGUUCACACCGUUCUGGCUGUUUACCGCACCAGGAUCAUUCUGCUGUAGCAAUUAAAUGUGUUCUUUUCAUCCAUAAGCAUUCUUAUUCAUGCAUCUCCUUUACCAAAAACCUGAGAGCAGUGUCUUUUGUGUGCUCCAUGCCUUUGUUUGCUUCCUUGUAUUUACUGUAAAGGGCUGUCUGACCCACAGCUUUACUUUUUCCUAAAAAGCAUUUCCACAGCCCUGAACCCACACGUCCUUUCCAAAUACACGUUUCUCUUCUCCACGUCUCAUGCUGUGCAGUGCACAGUUGUCUCCGGUGAACACACAGUAUCUCCUGUUGGGAAUGUGGGGCGGGGGUCUUUCGUGGCAGUGGAGCUCAGCUUUGUCGUCUUUGGAGGGAAGUGGAGGUCCCUGGCCAGGGAGCCCGUGCAUCCCACUUCCCGUUAACACACACGCUGCCCGCUGACGUGGUCACGGAUCCGUCACUGCGAGCUGGCUGGCUCCCUGUUCCCACCCCCCUGGGCCAUCAGUGUUAGCUGUGGAAGGAAGCCCGGGGUUGCAGCUCGCUCGAGGGGGUAAGAGGUGAGCCACCCUGAGGCACAUCCCGGAGUCACGGGGAGCUACACUUUCCUCCUGGGACCAAAGAAACCUUAGAAGAUGCUUGAAAGGGACUUCCCCCAAGUGUUGUGAUGUCGGCCAGGACCCGGACACUGGGCAUGUCUGUGGCCGUUGGAGAUGGCCACCCAUGUCCUCAGUCACAUGGUCACUCAGAAGGAAAGCUUGUGUUGUCACCAUUAUACCACUGAGAGAAAGUGUUAGCAAAGUGCGGUUCAGAUUAAUUUAUAUGACUGAGGGUUUCUCUCUUCCAAAAAGAUGAGUUAUAUUGUAAAUAGUUCCUCAAAAUACUUUUAACUGGAUCGUGAGCAUGGGGAGAGAAAGUUUCUCUGCUGCUAAGAAUUUCCCCACUGUUUACUUCUUUCACUUACAGUGGUAUUGCAAGUUGACAAAACUUGAGGUUUUAUUUGUAUCUGUUACCCAAGCCAUUAAGUUGACUAAUUUCUUCAUCAUCAUAAAGGGCCAGUGCAUAGAGGCCUGGGAGGGGAAACUCCCCACAGCCAGUCAGCGCCCAGGGUUAAAACUGUCCACCAGAUAGUGUGUGAGAUCAGACCAAGCAUUGAAAUGGACUCGUUCAUAUAAAGUUCUGUACAUCCUGUACGUGAAAAGAGACCGCUGUCAGCAGUUGCUUUUUAGAAGGUCACAAUAACAAGUACUAGAUAGCACAGUAUUGAUUUAUAGCGGGAAAUCAUGGCUUGUGAACUGUAUAUAAACACUUGUGGUGCAAUCAUUUGUCAAACUUUUGUCUGUUACAUUGUUUUUAGAGUGUGUAGUCUCAUACCUAAGAACACACUGUAAAAUCUGCUGAAAACUAGUUAUAGGUUUUAUUUGCACAGGACUUAAUUAGUUUGAAAUUUUUGGAAGCUCCUAUUAAAUAUGCCUAAACAACUGUAAAUGUGGAAAAUCUUCCUUUCAUUAAAAGCAACAUUUCAGUA